GUUUUUGCGCGGUUGAGUUAUGAUUUUCUAUAAUCUAUGCUAGUAUGUCCUCUUCUAUAAAUUGUGUUGCGCGGUAUUGCGUUAUACGAUUGUUCAAUUUUACAGUAAUAUGGCAAAAGGUGAUAAAGAAUUAGAAAAACCAAUAGUGAAUAAUGAAUUACCCAACCCGGAAUGUCGAAGUGUGGAUCACGACGAUUCGGAGUCUACUCAAGAACAGCCUUUGGACAUAGGAGAGCAUUAUUUGGUGCGGCGUUCGGAUGAGUCAUGGCACCCGGCUGAGAUAAUACAGACCCGGUACAAUGACGCCGAAUCAUGUUAUGAAUAUUAUGUCCACUAUGUGGGAUAUGAUAGGAGGCUCGACGAAUGGGUUUCCCGCCACCGGGUUAUGAAUGAUAGAUUUGACAUGUGCGAACAAUCAAAUAACAACAUAAAUUCAGAUCAUUUACUCACAGACAAAUCUGGCCGCAAAAUAACACGGAACCAAAAACGUAAACACGAUGAGAUCAAUCACGUGCAAAAGUCAUAUGCGGAAAUGGACCCUACAACAGCCGCUUUGGAAAAGGAACAUGAAGCAAUCACCAAAGUUAAAUACAUAGAUAGGAUUCAGAUUGGAAAAUAUGAGAUAGACACAUGGUACUUUAGUCCAUAUCCUGACGAGUAUGGAAAACAAUCAAAACUUUGGAUUUGUGAAUACUGUUUAAAAUAUAUGAGAAUGGAAAAAACAUACCGAUAUCAUCUAAGUGAAUGUACAGCAAGACAGCCACAAGGUAGUGAAAUAUACAGAAAAGGUACAAUAGCAAUAUUUGAGGCAGAUGGUAAGGAGCACAAGAUUUACUGUCAGAAUUUAUGUUUAUUGGCAAAGCUUUUCUUAGAUCAUAAGACAUUGUAUUUUGACAUAGAACAGUUUUUAUUUUAUAUAUUAUGUGAAGUUGAUAAACAAGGAGCCCAUCUUGUUGGUUAUUUUUCUAAGGAAAAAGAUUCUCCUGAAGGAAACAAUGUUGCUUGCAUUUUGACGUUACCUCCUUAUCAGAGACAGGGCUAUGGAAAAUUGCUCAUAGCUUUUAGUUAUGAAUUGUCUAGGUUGGAACAAGUUGUUGGGAGUCCAGAAAAACCAUUAUCUGACCUGGGCAAACUCAGUUAUAGGUCAUAUUGGUCGUAUGUUUUAUUAGAGGUAUUAAGUGCAAGUAGAGGGACAUUGAGCAUCAAAGAUCUGAGUCAGAUGACAGGAAUAUCACAAACAGAUAUAAUAUCAACCCUGCAGUCAAUGAAUAUGGUGAAAUAUUGGAAAGGGCAGCAUGUGAUCUGUGUAACACCUAAAAUAGUUGCUGAACAAUUAGCCAGUUCACACUUCAAGAAGCCACGUUUAUGUGUGGAUCCAUCUGCAUUGCGUUGGACACCGCCUAACAAGCAAGGGCAUUCUGCUAAGGCUAAAAAGUAGUACAGGCUUACAGGCAGGGCUUAGAGAACUCUGAUAUUUAGUCACAUCUUGAGGAUGAUCUCUAGGUGCAGCCUGUUAAAUGGUUGAGUUGAAUUUUUACUUUGUUUUGAAUGCAGUGGUUAGAUAGUGUUAGAAGUAUUAAAAAUAAAUCUGUAAGUUACAGGAUGUGUUACAAUGAGGUAUUGUUUCAUAUGAACAUAUAAUGUUGCACUGCAUUUGUUAUUGAAGUAUUGAACUUUACUUUUAUAAUGCAAAGACAUCCCAGUGAAGGGACUAUAGAUACUGUUAAGCAUUCGAUAUAGGAUUAAUAAUUGAAGAUGAUGUAUGGCCAAGCUAAUGGACAUAUAAAAAUAAAAUACAAAACCCAUGAUAUAAAAAGAUAUAUUUCUUUUGCAAUUAAUUUAACUAAAGAUCCAAAUAUUGAGUAGUUUAUUUGUGAUUUAUGACAUUGUAUGGCAAUUGUGUUAGUGUAGUUAUUUAGAUAUGAAUGAAUAUUGCCUCUAGUGUUUGUAGGCAUUACCUUGUAUCUCUAUACCACCUCAUACAUUUUUUAUUAGCAUAUUUAUGAUAAAGUAAUAUUAACUAGUUUCAACACAGUACAACAGCUUUGCCUUUAAUUUUAGAUGUGUAACUGAAAUUGAUCAUGAUUGAAUAUAUAUAUAUUAAAUUAAAAAUUACUAUGAAAACACCAAACUUCAAUUAUUGAUUGAUUUUUCAUAAUUUAUUCACAUGAUUGCUUAGAUCUGUACAAGCUUCAUUCAGUUCCUUAUAAUCAGUAUAGUGAUACUAAUCUUAAGUUGCGAACAUUUUGAUGUUUAUCUCAUUAAUUUGAUACAUAAAGGUCACACUUUUAUGUCAGUAUGUAAGCUUAAUUCUUAGUUUUAAGUAUAAAUGUCCAUUUGAUAUCAUGAUCUAUGUUUUUAUGAACUGGUCAUUUGGAUUUAUUCACUGGUCGAUUAGAAGUAUGUUCAUUGAAAUUUGUGUUUACACAAACUUUCAUCUGUGAAAUAGGAAAGUCAUUAGUGUUAAUGAUUUUUAAAUGCAGUCUGCUUUAUUAUUUUUUUUUUUUCUGUGCCGAGAGUAUAGAACAAUGAUUAUUCAAAGUAGUCAAUAUAUCUUAGUAAUACAUUUUCCAAUUUGAUCAAAAUAUUACAAUCAUUUACAUAAUAACGUUUUAGACAGCAAAUUUAAAUAAUUUGUUAGGCAUUUACAACAAUUUGAUAGCUUUGUUAAUAUAAAACAGAAAUUUAAUUUGCUUUUGACCAUAUGACCAUUUUGACCAUUUGAACAUAUGACCAUUGUAUUACCUAAUAUAUUUAUGAAGCAGACUUUGUUAAAUUAACAAAAUGGUUAAAUAGGUUUACCUUUUAAAUUCAUACUGUAUAGAAUGAUUUUUAAAUGCCAUGCCAAAAUGUCAUUUAUGGUGCACUUUAGCUAAAAUAAGACAUGAGAGUACAUCCAAUUGUAUAAUAAUAAUAAAUGAAAUGUAUUUAUUUUGCGUAAAAUUGCUAGUAGAUAACUAUGUUAUGUAGGUAGCAGGUGAAUGACUUGAGACAUAUGUGAUUACAUCAUGUAAAUGAGAUGUGCACGCCGAAAAUUAUGAUAUGUGUAUAUUGUUAAAACAUAUUUUCUGUACGUUACUUUCUGUAAGUUUUUGUUUAAAACAUCCAGAACCUUGUCAAAACAAUUUUUAGUUUGUUCUGCAAUGUACUCAUCUUUGACUAUUCACAAUUUGCCACUAUAGUGUCGGGUUGUUUGAACUCAAAUGAUCUUCCCAUUGCCGUGUUAAUUAGAUUCUAUGAAUCAUCAGUUUUCACUGUUUAUUUGUGAUAAUUCUAAUCGUAAGUAAAAUUGAAAAAAUAAAAAUUAAACUGAAAGUUUC